AACAGUGACACUUUUGGUGAUUGAGGAGUUGUUUUUUCUUUAUAAAAUGAAAUUUUUCCUAGUGUUGUCGAUCGUUUUCGCCGUGCAGUUAUGCCUGGCGGCGUCCAAUUAUGAACAGAAAGCCAAGCUAUUUGUAACUCAAGCCAGUGCUCGUUAUUUCAAUCUCUACGACAAAAUAUCGGCCGAAACGUAUGCCUCGACAGAAAAUGAAGAUUACGUCACAAUAUUCAACAGAGUAACAACGGCGAAAGCAAUUGCCCAAGAAUUGGUGGAAAUUUCCAAAGAAGCGAGAGAAUUUAAUAUAACUCAAAUACGAGAUCCCGAGUUAAGGGAAGCACUUGAUGAGCUAAGCUAUACUGCUGGACUAUUUGUGUUGGGAGAUAAAUAUUUUGAAUCGACUCUGAUAACAUUAAACGCUCUUAAGAGUCUUUCAACGGAUAAAGAUAUUAGACCCUAUGGGGCAGGGAGCAUGGUGAUGACAGGUGAUUCCAGUCACCUGGCAUACGAUCCAGAUAUUGAAAGGAUUUUUGAAACUUCAAGCGAUAGCAAGGAAUUGAAAUAUUAUUGGGAGACGUGGCGCAAACGUAAUUCCAUAUGGGCCAAAAUAAAUUGUGUUAUUGUCCUGCAUGCCAUUGGCGCGGCAGCAAAGCUGUUGGAUCUUCCAGUUAUGGAUUUUUAUUACAACAACUAUAGAAAUGUGGAUAUCAUGCAAGAAAUGGACAAAGUUAUGGAAGAGUUGAAGCCAACCUAUUUGCAGCUGCAUGCAUUUGUGCGUUGGCAAUUAAAUAAGAAAUAUAGCCAUGAUAUGUCUGAUGUAAAUGGUCCCAUACCUGAACAUUUAUUCCAUCAAGUUUUGGCUCAAGCCUGGAAGGGCAACAGUAUUAUUGAAGAAUAUUUUCCAUACAAUGAUUUACCAUCAUACAAUGAUCUUGUAAAGGGUUUCAAUGGCCGAGAUCUCCUAAAUAAGGCUGAAGAGUUUUAUAAAUCCCUAGGAUUUUCUCCAUUGGAAGACGACUUCAUAAAAUCGAGGCUUCAUGAAAUUAAUGCCAGUGAUGGCGAUGAUUCCGAGUGUCAUAGCCAUAUUUUCGAUUUAACACCCAAAGUUCGUAUGCGCUAUUGCAAAAAAGUAGAUUUUAAGAAAUUCAUGCAAAUGCAUGGUCAUGUGGGUCGACUGCACUAUGCCAUGGAAAAGAAAUCGUUGCCAUCAUAUUUCUUUGAUUCCUAUGGCCUGGAAUAUGCAGUGGGUGAGGCCAUUAUUCUCUCCGCAAGUUCUCCCAAACAUCUACAGACUAUGGGAAUAUCAAGUGAUUACAAAUUUACUGAGAAGGCACAAAUGAACCGUCUCUUCCGCAUGGCUAUCCACACAAUUUUGAAUGUUCCGGUAUAUUAUAUUCACAUACGAAUUAUGAAUGAAUUUCUCAAGAACAAUUUGUCGAUGGAGGGUGCUAAUCGUCUCUAUUGGAAGUUGAUGCAAGAUUAUGUCGGAGUUGAACCACCCCUCGACCGUGAUGAAGAUGUCAUAGAUUUCCACUAUAAAUUCUACUAUGAAAUGGAGACAAACCAUCAGACCAAAAAAUUUAUGUCCGAAAUUUUAGGUUAUCAAUUCUAUGCAGCGCUGUGCCAGAGGGCAAAUCAGCCGGAACCCCUAAGCAAUUGUGAGUUUUAUGGUAACAAAUCGGUCGGUGAUGUUAUCAGAUCGAUGAUGUCUAUGGGAUCCACUAAACCUUGGCACGACGUCAUAUCUGUAAUUUCGAAACAGAAAUCUCCCUUAAGUUCUGCUGCCCUAUUGGAAUACUACAAACCCGUUAUAGCUUGGCUUAAAAACUUCAACAAUAACAAUCACAUUAAAACUGGUUGGAAUGAGACAAGACGAAAAGUUCUAUAAGCCCUUGGGCGGAGCUGAAGAUCCAAGCGAAAUAAUAAAACUAGACAGUAAUUAACAUUUUAAUGUCAAUAGCAAAAAAUAAAAAUGUUUUUUUUUUAUUGAAAAU